AAUAAAUAACCAGCCUGUGGCUUUAGGAAGCCAGGUUCCAAGAUGGACGGCCCGUCCGCUCAGAGGGAAGCAGUGGAGUAGAAUGCCUGUCACCGCAGCUUUAGAAGGAAGAGGCCGGUUGCUGGGACAACAUGUUUUGCGCGCAUGUGCUUUGUCAAGUCUCUUCCUUCUAAAGCUGCGGCUCCAGCAAGAGUUCCCCCCCUCCGUCUCUCCACAUCGUGGUGACGUCAUCCAGGACGCUGGGACGUCCGGUACACGUGGUCCCUGCACUGACAGGCAUUCUACUCCACUGCUUCCCUCUGAGCGGACGGGCCGUCCAUCUUGGAACCUGGCUUCCUAAAGCCACAGGCUGGUUAUUUAUUAUUUUUUUACCAU